AUGGACGCCGAGUUUAAUGCUCUCCUGCAAAACAAUACUUGGUCAUUAAUUCCGUUUGUAAACACUAUGAAUGUAAUAGGUAGCAAAUGGGUGUAUCCCGUUAAGCGAAAAUCCGAUGGCUCGAUUGACCGCUACAAGGCGCGUCUGGUUGCCAAAGGAUUUAAUCAGAUCCCGGGCAUCGACUACCUUGAGACAUACAGCCAUGUAGGCAAACCGACUACCAUCCGUCUCUUACUAUCCUUUGCCGUCUCCAACAGCUGGGUCAUGCGGCAGCUGGAUGUCCAUAAUGCGUUCCUAAAUGGUCACAUUUCGGAAGACAUCUACAUGCGGAAAGCCCCGGGAAAUGUUGCCUCAAAGGUCGAGUCCGUGUUGACGCAACUUGCUACCACAUUCAAAAUUCAUGAUCUUGGCAAGCCUAGAUUCUUUCUUGGUGUGGAAGCUGUCUACACCGCCGAUGCCGUUAUCUUGUCUCAACAUCGUUACAUGACUGAGCUGCUUCGCAAAGCAGGACUGGUGUUUUACAAACCAAUUGCCACACCGAUGACCAAUGCUACGACGGAUGCUUCUGGGGAGUCUCCACCAUUAGAGGAUCCCACCGUUUAUCGCCAACUCGUUGGCUCACUUAUGUAUCUGCUCCUUACUCGUCCGAACUUAUCGUUUGCGGUGAACCGGCUAUGCCAAUUUAUGCACAACCCGACGCAAGACAAUUGGGCCGCAGUUAAACGUGUCUUGCGUUAUGUCAAGGGCACGCUCAACCUUGACCUUCGUCUAACAGCGUCGUCAGCUCCGGUUGUGCAUGCCUUCUCUGACUCUGACUGGGCUGGUUGCUCUCUUGAUCGAAAGUCAACGGUCGGCUAUGCAGUGUUUUUUGGUCCCAACCUACUGUUGUGGUCCUCCAGGAAGCAACGGACUGUGGCGCGUUCCUCAACAGAGGCUGAGUAUAAAGCCCUUGCCGAUGUCGCUGCUGAAGUAGUUUGGGUUCAGUCUUUGCUACAGGAUCUUGGCUUAAAGUGUCCCACUACCCCGGUUCUAUGGUGCGACAACCUCGGUGCAACCUACCUCUGUUCAAAUCCCGUGUUUCAUGCCAGAACAAAGCAUGUCGAAGUUGAUUACCACUUCGUCCGUGACAAGGUCUCGACUAGCACCCUGAAAGUCAACUUUGUGUCCACGCAUGAUCAACUAGCAGAUAUCUUCACCAAACCUCUUUCUACCGCUCGUUUUGAUGACCUCCGUUUCAAGCUGGGCGUUGUCUCUACACCACCGUCCGCUUGA